AUGCUCACAACAAAGGACAGCGCAACACGGAGAGGCUGCUCUCUAACACAACCCGCCGCGGCUACAAAUUUCUUUAAGCAUUCAGUCAUUUUACCGCGAAGAGAGACGAGACAAUAUCAAAAUUUCUCAUUGUCUUCCGAUAUAUAUGUAUGUUUUUUUUUUUUUUAUUUAUUUUAUUGCGUGCUUUAAUUUCUGGUCCACGAGCUCAGACGCGAAGAAAUUAAUGUGAAAUUUCCUUCGGAGCACCACAAGACACUGAGCGAGGACUUCAUCAUCUGCACCGCAGGCAGGACAGGCGGCGCUGCGACACGCGAACACAUGGAGCAUGAGAGGCUGGAGCUGAGGAUCAGCUGACCCCUCUCUCCUUCUCCAUCUCCUCCUCACCCCUCCUCUUGCUCCGCUCGAUCGACGUCGCCUUCUUUCCCUCUUCACCCCGUCCCGCCUCACCCUGUUGGAUCCCGUCCGACCUCCCCCCCCUGCAAGCCUCAGUCAGCAGGGCCCGAUGUAUUCCCCGGAGCAGGAAAACAUCUCCACCACCUCGUCCACCAAAGUGCCAGUGAAGUACGGGGAGCUCAUUGUGCUCGGGUACAAUGGUUCUCUGCCCAACGGGGACCGAGGUCGACGUAAAAGCCGCUUCGCACUUUACAAGAGGCCGAAGGCAAACGGGGUGAAGCCCAGCACAGUUCACGUCGCCUGUUCUCCACAGGCAGCCAAGGCCAUAAGCAACAAAGACCAGCACAGCAUCUCUUACACUCUGUCCCGAGCCCAGACGGUGGUGGUGGAGUACACUCAUGACAGCAAUACUGAUAUGUUCCAGAUCGGCCGAUCGACAGAGAGUCCGAUAGACUUCGUGGUGACGGACACAGUGGCCGGCAGCCAGAGCAACUCGGACACUCAGUCGGUCCAGAGCACCAUCUCCCGCUUCGCGUGCCGCAUCAUGUGCCAGCGCACGCCGCCUUACACAGCUCGCAUCUACGCCGCGGGCUUCGACUCCUCAAAGAACAUAUUCCUAGGGGAGAAAGCGGCGAAGUGGAAGACGUCCGACGGACAGAUGGACGGGUUGACCACCAACGGCGUCCUGGUGAUGCAUCCUCGCAGCGGCUUUAUGCAGGACUCCAAACCGGGAGUGUGGAGGGAGAUCUCAGUCUGUGGGAACGUCUUCACCCUGCGAGAGACCCGCUCAGCACAGCAGCGGGGCAAAAUGGUGGAGACCGAGACCCAGGAACUCGUCGACGGCUCGCUCAUCGACCUCUGCGGCGCCGCCCUGCUGUGGCGCACGGCCGAGGGCCUCUCCCGCACCCCCACCCUCAAACACCUUGAGGCGCUGCGGCAGGAGAUCAACGCGGCCCGCCCGCAGUGCCCCGUGGGAUUCAACACGCUGGCCUUCCCCUCCAUGCGCCGCAAAGACACGCCCGACGAGAAGCAGCCCUGGGUCUACCUGCAGUGCGGCCACGUGCACGGCUACCACAACUGGGGGAACCACCGUGAGGAGAGGGAGGGACGGGAGGGCCGGCUGCGGGAGUGCCCCAUGUGCCGGGCGAAGGGCCCUUACGUGCCGCUGUGGCUGGGCUGCGAGGCGGGCUUCUACGUCGAUGCCGCUCCGCCCACACACACCUUCAGCCCCUGCGGACACGUCUGCUCGGAGAAAACGGCGACCUUCUGGAGCCAGAUCCCGCUCCCGCACGGCACCCACACCUUCCACGCCGCCUGUCCUUUCUGCGCCCAGCAGCUGAGCGGUGAGCAGGGCUACAUCAGACUCAUCUUCCAGGGACCCCUCGACUAGCAGCGGGGGAAACUCCUCAGCAUGCUUCGGAGGAUCCGGAUGGGGCGAAAGUUCCCUCCUGAUGUUUUUCUCUCUGGACCUUUUUGCCUCUGUCUCCUUUUUAAGUGACCUUUGUAUUGAUUUUUUCAUGAAUGACAAACAGAUUUCUAUAUUUUCAUGAAACCAGAGACACAAAAAACCAACAAAGAACACCGCUGGGUAAACUUUGUUUCACGGGGAGAACUUUCAACAGUAUUUAUCUGACGUACUGACACGCCGUUAGUGGUUUUUAUUCAUGUAUUUGUUGCAAUACACGUGUACAUCUCUCAGAACCUAUUUAAAGAAAUGUGUUUAUUUAUGACCCAGGUUGUUGCUUCAACCUUUAUCCCUCAUCCAUAAGUAAUUUUCCUUGAAAAUCCAGCGUAUUUGUUAAUCAGACAUGAAGUUUUGGGCUUGUUCCAAGAGUUUCGUUUCCUCUCUCUCUCUCUCUGUCCAUAUUCACCUGUCGAAGCCAUUCAAUAUAUUUACACACCUUGUGUCCUGAUGUUCGCUCUCAUCGGUUACCUUCUCAGACGUUUCACUUUCAGAGCAAUAGAAACCUCCUCAAGUGUUAAACGGAGGCAUGUUUUUUGAUGCCUGCUCGGCCGCCGCCCUCCCUUUAACGAGUGACUCCGUCCCGAUCACCUGUUAGCCAUAAAAUAACAACAACUAGAAGGAAAAAAAAACGCAAUUUUGUAGCGGUGGACUCGCACUCUAAGCUGAACUGUUGUUUGUUUUUAUCUUUAUUUUAAACAUAGAGGACCUCCCAGACAGAAACUCGUGGCACUAAUGCUUAACAGAUGUGGAUAGCGUCUUGAUUCAUUCUGCACGGCUGCUGUGACGUCAGUGAAGGUCUGUGUCAGAUACCGACCAGGAAAGUCAGAAACCGCAGGAUCUCAAAUUGCUUCUUGGUGCCUCCAAGAGUAACAGUGCCCUCUGCUGGUGGCUUUUGAAACACACACACACACACACACACACACACACACUAAGGACCCUAAUAUGGGGCUUGCCUUUGUAUUGAAGCAAACUGAGGCAAUUUAUAGUCAUUUUCUCCUACAUUUGGUUCAGAGACGCACCAAUCAGACUCGUGUUGGUUGAUAGCGAGUCUGAUCUGCCUAUUUGACAAGCUGUAUUUUUAGAAGAAAAAAAAAAAAAGUACCAUAUAUUGUUUGAUUGCGGCCAACAGAGAAUUACCAGCUUGUUCCUACAUAUGCGUUAAAGUGCAGUGUUUAGCAGACUGAUUGUAAACUGAAAAUGUGCAUCAAGUUCUUCAUUGUAGCUGUUACAUCUAUAGACUAAAACGGCUUCUUCAUUUUAAAACACUUUGGAAAAAGAGGAAAAGUCAUUUUUCGCUGUCUGAACUACUGAUCACCGAUCAGAACUGAUCAGAGAAAAAUCUUCCAAUUCCAAUCUCUGGCUAAUUGAUCGGCGCAUUUCUGCUUUGAUUGAAUAAUCACAGCACAGAGGAUCUGACUCGUCCGAUACGUGCGUUGAUUUUUUUUCCCCCCCAGGUCUUUGUGACAAUUUGUGCUUUUCAGAUAUCAUCUUCAUGUGAUUUUCCAUAAUGCAAAGGUUAUCAGGGCCGCCUGUUCUUUUCUUUUCACUAAAGCGGUUCUCGUAGCGCUUAAUGAGAACAACAAUGCAUUUUUAUUUUUUUAUUUUUCUAGAUCAAGACGAUAUGAGAUACUCCACAUAUAACGUGAUUUAGUCAAAACAAAAAACAACAGUAUUAUGGAAUUUUCCCCAAAUUUUUACAAAACAAAUUAUUUUUUUAUAUAUAUACCACAAAAGCAAACAUUAUUCAUACUGCUGAUAAAAUAUCGAUUUGUACGUCAAUGCACAGUAUUAUGUAUUUCUUUCUUAUUUAAUGUCUAAUACUUAGACUUAAACGAGAAUGAAGAAUAAACACAAGUAAAUACAGUAGCCAUUUUUUUAUGUUUGCUGCAUAGACAGGUAGACUGUAUUAUUCUUUAUAUAGUAACACAUGAAUAGAAAGAUUGAUAUUAGUUUAAUUUGUCAAGCUGGUUGCUUUUGGAAACUAGCCUGAAGACUGCUGCUUCACAGACGUGCUGUUUCCUGUUUGCCAGUUCUACUUUUUAAACGUCCUUAAGAUGGGUGGCGCUUUUUUAGAUUAACCCUCCGGUGGUUUUAAGCGCGAGGCUCAGGAAAAACGGGGCUAAUGUGACAGUCAGACAGCAGGGAGGCAGGGGGGUUGUCCCGUCAGACCGUCAGUUCCCGAAACCACACACAAAGACACAUAGCGAACCACGCACAGAGUAAAAAACUUGUGGCGUCCAAAUGACCUCUUAAGACCGCAGGCGGAUUUUGACACCAUGACUAUUUUUUGUGCAAACGUCUGACUUUCUUUCUUAUAAGCAAAGAAGAAAUGUGAUAGCUUUCCUGCAGCCAGCAGACUGACACUUUCUCAAGCAAAUCAUUAAAAUACGUUACGUUAUCGGAAUGAGUUGGUGAAAUUUUUCUUAACCCUGACUUGCUGUACCUUAAUAAAAUUCCUACUGCUCACCAGAAACUUUCUAGUUGAACUAUGCAUCCACCCUCUUCUCCGCUACUAGAGAAAGUGGGAAUAGAUUUAACUAAGGCAGUCCUGAUGUCACUUUUUCUUUAAAAAAAUAAAUAAAAGCACAGAUUCUCCCAAACUCCUACUGCCUCGCACGCGUUGGUGCGACCUACAUUAGCGAGACACUGAAGCUGUAGACAAAACCGAAGCGUCUCUUCCAACCUGCGCCCCUUCAGGGUCCCCGCGAAGCCCGAACCCUCGCAGGUAAUCGGCCGUUCUGUGUUUGUAUGCAAGAAAGAGAGAGACUGUAAUUUAACGGGUUGAUUGUGUGUGUGUUCAGUUUUUGUCCACGCUGUAGCUCUCCUCCUCGUAUCCUCAGACCGCCACACACUAACUCACCUCAGGGAGAAACCGAUGACCCGUGCACGCGCUUGCACACCCAACGCUACAGCCAUCUGAGGAUACGUCACCUUACAAAAAAAAGAAAGAAAAAAAGACGAAGCUUCUGUCCUCUCCUUCGCUCAAGUCUUGUUUGGUCUCGUUUAAUGGACUCUGUGUGAACAAAGGGCUUCCCUCUGUCUCUCUGCUGUUCUCUCAGCCAUGUUUUGACUCAGACACCAGUCCCUCCCUCCAUCCUUUACUCACCUCUUCUCCUGUCUUUGUGCGUGUAAAAGGCGAAAUCAAAGAAUGUUUCCAGCAAACACGUUUUUGUAUCGACUUUAAACAAUAAAGUGUAAAAGUGA